GUUGACCUGCGCGUGCUUGGACAUAACGACGAUUACAAACGCUGGACACAAAAGACAGACUGUCAGUAGCGUUUAAACGACACGAGACACUUUAGAGGAAAAACAACGAGUUCUGCCCCUAAACAGAGUUUUUUACGUUACAGAUUGACUGUUGCAUCGAGUAGCUUCUUCAGUUUGGAGGAUUUUCGGAAUUCAGAUCCAUCAUAACAGACAUUGCACAACAUGACUGACCUCGGUCAGAAGCACACUUUGAGGAUUUAAAACAUUCACGACGAGAACUGUCAGCAAACUGGAAUGAAGCAGAUAUCAGAUGAGAUGACAGCAGACUCCUUCAGCAGUCGGAGAUUUCGCUGCGAGAUACACAGUGUUGACAGGUCAGGACCAGAAAAGCGACCGAUAGACCAAUCUCUGGAUUUAGCGGUUUAGAGGUUGUUCAACAGGAUGAUUCAGACAGUAUCUAUCUGUGUCUGUCUGUCUCUUAUGCCCAUCUUCAGCACCUGUUGGGCACAUGUCAUCCCACGCCUUUCUUUUCCUUUGGGUAGUCCGGGUCGUUCUCUCGCUGUCUUUUCAAGCCCCGAUGUUUCCAACAGCACCACACUGUUGCUUAGCAACGAUGAAGGCACCUUAUUUGUUGGAGCGCGAGAUGCUGUAAUGUCCAUAGAUGUCAGUCAAGCUGGUACUAUGACAAUGAAGGAGAAGAUCGACUGGUCACCCCCGAAUUUUGAUCUAAAUGAAUGUUUAAUAAAAGGCAACCUGGAGGCCGAUUGUCACAACUUCGUGAGGGUUUUGCAAGUGCUGAACUCCACACACAUGUACGCCUGUGGAACGUUUGCCUUCAAUCCUCGCUGCAUCUACAUCAAUUCAAAUACAUUCUCGGUGGCUACAGGCCCCAGUGGUAAGCCAGAAGAAGGCAGAGGCCGCUGUCCUUACAACCCUUACCAGAGGAACACAGCCAUCACUGUGGAUGGGGAACUGUAUACAGGAACUAUGGCAGAUUACAUGGGCAAUAGACCGGUCAUCUCACGACACUUGAGUGAAGGAAGCCAUGUUGAUCUGAAACUAGAUGAUACGCCUGGGUGGCUGGAAGAUCCUACAUUCAUCAGCUCCACUUAUAUUCCUAGUGAGGCGAAGGUCUAUUUCUUCUUUAGCGAAACUGGAAAUGAGUACGAUUUCAUUGACAAGUUUUCAGUGUCUCGCAUUGCGCAGGUUUGCACUAGCGAUGUGGGUGGGCAGCGAACUCUCCAAAAACGCUGGACCACCUUUGCCAAGGCUCAGCUACGUUGUCAAGCUGCCCAAGAGCUGCCGUACAACAUCCUGCAGGAUAUAGUCAGUGUCCCAGCACCAGAGGGCGCCUCUGAGGAAGAAACACUUUUCUUCGGCAUUUUCGGUUCUCAGUGGCGAGUGAAUGCGGGUCGCUCUGCGAUAUGUGCUUUCACGCUCAAAAACAUCAAGGAGGUGUUCGCUGGAAAUUACAAGUACUUAAACCGAGACGCUCAGAAGUGGACCACACGGGUACAAGAGAAAAUGGCGAACCCUGGAGAGUGUGGCCUUCACAACGCAUCAGAUAACACACUGCGCUUCGUGAAGGAGAACUUCCUGGCUGAUGAAAGUGUUAUGCCGGCCAAUAAGGGCCUGACUUUGGUGUCACCUGAUCAGAGCUACCGAAACAUUGCAGCUCAGAGAGUCCGUGGAGCUCGCGGCAAAGUGUACACUGUGCUUUAUCUGCUAACAGAGUCAGGGUACCUGCACAAAGCUGUGAUCCUGGAGAAAGGUGCACAUAUCAUCGAGGAGAUCCAAGUGUACAAUCAACCUCAGCCAGUAACAAAUCUCCUGCUGUCAAUCUCACGGGGGGCAGUGUUGAUAGGCUAUGCAGAAGGGGUGGUGUCAGUACCUCUGUCCAACUGUUCAUACCACUGGAGCUGUGCUGAAUGUAUUUUAGCCAGAGACCCCUUCUGUGGCUGGGACCCUGGAAUGAAAGUCUGCACAGAUGCAACAAGUCAACAGUCUGUUGUUCAGGAUGUAGAUGGGGGUAAUGUAUCAGAGCAGUGUAAAUCUGCUAUACCCAGGUCACGGGCUAGUCUGCCUGUGUCCCCCUCAAGUGAGGUCCUGUCUGUGUCUCUGAACGAGGUGGUGCACCUGCAGUGCCCAGAAGCAUCACAACUAGCCAAGCGCUAUUGGGAGCGGCCAAACAGUCAGCUGUCGCCCAAAAUCUACAUUCAGCUAGACAACGGCAGCCUCAGUUUCGUCGCAAUCCCAUCCACCCUGGGUCCUUACCAGUGCCAGGCUGAGGAAAACGGCUACACCCAAACUCUGGUCAUCUAUCAUGUACAACAAAAACGCCACCCCACCAACACACAAGCUGCCCCCACACCAUCACAUCAGCCACAUAUCAUCCCGGAUGCUGAGACAGAAAGCAGAUCCUCAGUCUUUACUACCAAAUGGACGACACCCGGAUGGACCAUGCCACAGCCAAAACCUGAAAGUACAGAACCUACGGUCACACAAAACGAUACGCCGGUGCUCACCACAAGCAGGAGCAGAAACUUCACUCACUCGUCUGUAUCAGAGGAGAAGAAAUCACAAAUGAUGGUUGAGCCCGGGGGAAAUCUUGAGGUGGCUGACAAGCCCACUUACCUGAAGGAGUUGGUAGUGGUUUCUGUCCUGUUAGCUCUGUGCAUUAGCGCUUUGCUAACCAUCGCGCUGUACAGGUUUCGGUUACCGUGCCCCAUCAGGACUUUCCCGCAGACCCUCUCCCCUCGCAGGGAUGCCGAAAGGGGAGAAAGCAUUACGUCCCAGGAGAGAGAGUCUCUUCGGGAGCAGUCGCCACAUGUGGAGAAACUAAAUGGGCAGUCACACAAUGGCGAGGUGCAUAACGGUAAAUCACCCAUCACACUCAGCAACAACAUGCUGAACGGAUCCAACGGCCACUUACCCAACACACCCAUCUGAGGGCUUCCCUCACUUCCUUAUAUUUUAAACUAUGCUCUCUUUUCUGAGCCAUAAUCGGGCCUCUGCUGUGUAAAAACUUGAGCCCUGUAGCCGAACCACUUGUUCAAAUGGCACAUUGAAACUUCAAACAAAGCUUUGAGCUUCACGACCCAACAUGCCGACUGCUCUCUGACCUCUCUGUGAGUGGAAACUUAUGUUUAUUUUCCAGUUUGUAAAUAUUGAAGCUGUAAAAUUGUGACUGAACUGUUUCCUUUAGUGUAUUGUGUUUUAUUGGUCGUUUGUCUCUUUUAAACCACUUUUACUCAAACCUAAAGGAAUAUUUUACCCAAAAACUGUCAUUAUUUAUUCACUACGGUGUCAUUCCAGAUCUACAGUAUGUGCUGUUAUUUAUUUCUGUGGAACAUAGAGGUGAGAUUUUUUUUGUCCUGCUCUUUACCCACAAACAAAAACAAAAGUUCUCGAUGUGAUUGUUCAAUAUUUUUCAGAGCUAAAUUAAAAUUACAGUUAUUUACCAAUAAAUAUUUACUAAUAAUCUGAAAUCACGUCCACUAUCAGAUUCAAUGACAUGAGGGUGAGUAAAUAAUGUACAUUUUGGGGGUAUAAACAGUUAGUUUAAAGAGUUAGUUCACCCAAAAAUGAAAUUAUAUUAUUAUUUACUCACCCUAAAACCUCUAUACAUUUAGUUGUUUUGCUGAACACAAAGGAAUAUAUUUAAAUCAAGCAAGAAACCAAAGCACCAUUGACGCAUAGUAGGAAAGAAAAAUGCUAUGGAAGUCAAUGGUGCUUAAAAACAGUUUGGUUACUAACAUUGCUUAAAAUAUCUUUAGAACAAAGAAAUGUAUAGGUGUGUAACAACUUGAGGAUGAGUUAAUCAUGACAGAAUUUUUGGGUGGACUAUCCCUUUAAGUGAACAGAGCCAAGACUUUGAUAAAAUGUCAUGUUUUUAUUGAUCACUUGAACUUAUUUUUACUUGAUCAGUUCUUAUUAUUUUAUUACAGAUUCGUACGUGGUAAAAACGAAAUAUCCCUAGCUGUCACAGGGGCUGUUCUCCUCACAAAAAGUACAUCUUUGCACCUAAAGAGGUACCUCAUAUUGGUGUACCUAAAUGGUACCUAUUAGGACCUUUUUAAAAAGUACUUCCCCAGUUACAGUUAGGGACCAUUUUUUUCUGACAGUCUGUUUGUGAUACAGGCGAUGAAUGUGAAUGAUAUGUUUGUAGAGAGUUUGCAUAACUAAUGAAUCAUUCUCCUAAAUAUGGAAAUCAAAGUUACUAAAGUUUCUGUUACUCUAGUUGCAAUCGCACAUCAAACUUUCUUAGUCACUGCCUUUGUUCUGUCUUCUUUUUAAAUCCCACCUUUUGAAAGAUACAUUUGCUUGACUUUUAAUGUAUUGCAUUUUAUCAUAUUUGUACAAUGCAAAAAUUAAGGUUUUAAAAAAAGAUUUUAUUUAAUUGCUGUAGAUUUUGUGUUUGUAUAUGUAUGGGUACCGUUGGUUUUGUUGAAAUGGUUUUUAUAUUGUUUAUAGUUAAAUAUAAAUAUACCAAUAUAAAAACAAAACUCAAAAGUAUUGUUUUGGUACUGUGGACCUGAUAAAAAGGCCACUUUGCUGUUAUUAGGGUUGAUUGCAAUCAAUUCUCCUAUAGUGGGGCCGAAUGAAUUUUUUUCUUCAACAGCUUGUGAAUGUGUUAUGGAAUGGUACUGGAGAAAUCAUUUCAAUUGUGAUAUUGCCAAAUUUGAGUUUUGUAAAAACAAAUGGAGAAAAUGUCGGUUUUAAUGGUUCAGAGAAUAAUUUCCCUUUUUUUACGAAUAACUCGUUAAUGUGUGAACCACUGUUUUUUUAAGAUUUUGUUUAUUUUUAUAAUAAGCUUACGGGCUUUAAAUGUUUUAAAAAUAAAAGAUGUGGAUUUAAUACG